AUGGACAUAAGUGCUGAGGGUGGAGCUGGUGAUGCUGGAACCUGGGCGUGGUGCAGCCUCCACAGGGCCAUCAGGGACGAACAAAUUGGCUUUCCUGAACCCACACCACUUCCAAACGGCAACCGAGAGAUCCCCUUUCACCUCAUAGGAGACGACGCAUUUGCUCUCAAGACAUGGCUGAUGAAACUGUACGCCCACCUGUCCCAGAUCCAUAAUGAGAGAGUAUUUAGCUACAGGUUGUCCCAUGCCCGGCGUGUGGUGGAGAAUGCCUUCGGCAUCUUACACCAGAGGUGGAGAAUCUUCUCAACAACCCUACUUGUGAGACCCAGAGUUGUCUGCCUGACAACCAUCUGUGCUUGUCUCCUACACAACCUACAACUCCAGCGCCAACCACCGUAA